AUGGCUGAGAGAACGGGAUAUGCCUGGAAGCCUUCUCCGGCAAAUAUCCUAACCCGCAACUUCGAGUUGAAGCGAAACAUCUUCGGACGCUCGUUUCCAGAGUAG